UUCUUAGUUUAGCACUCUACUAAUAAUACGUGGCAUGUAAAUCGAUAGCUAUUCGAAGCAGUUUUAGGAACGCCUAAACCCCGUUUCCAGUUUUCAUUGCAACUCGUAAGCAAAAAAUGGAAGAAAAUUCUGUUCGAAUCACAAUCACCAUACUAGACGCAAUUCCAUCAGCUGAAGAAUUCACUUCCCUAAUUGAACCUAAAAAUGUCCCUGCUGUCUUUCAUGGAUGCGUCAACGAUUGGAAGGCUUCCAGUAAGUGGAAUCCGUCCACUGGGGGUCUUGAUUACUUACAGGGACUAGCAGGGGCAUCAACCGUGGAAGUAAUGCUGUCUAAAACUGCACCAGUCUUUUAUGGUGACAUUAGAAAUCAUGAGAGGGUGCAGUUGCCUUUAUCUACCUUUAUCGAAUACUGCAAGGAUGUUUCAAAUCUGGCUACCAUUGAAACAGAGCAAGAUCAGAUUUAUUUGGCACAGGUACCAAUUAUGAAUACUGAGAAAGAAGAAAGGGUUCAGAUAGGAAAUCUUAUAGAAGACAUUCAGACACCUCGAUUUUUGAAGACAAAGACCUUGGCUUCUAUCAAUCUAUGGAUGAAUGGUGCUCAAACAAGAUCAAGCACUCACUAUGAUCCACAUCAUAACCUUCUGUGUGUGGUAUCUGGUACCAAACAAGUUGACCUAUGGCCCCCUUCAUCAACUCCUUUCUUGUAUCCAAUGCCUUUGUAUGGGGAGGCUUCAAAUCACAGUGGUGUCCCCAUGGAUGAACCUGAUCUUUCUCUUCAUCCAAGAGCAGAACACUUGAAAAAGUAUUCACAGAGAGUGAUUCUGAAUUCAGGCGAUGCACUUUUUAUCCCUGAAGGGUGGUUUCACCAAGUUGACAGUGAAAGUUUAACAAUUGCUGUUAACUUCUGGUGGAGGUCUGAAAUGAUGUCUGGCAUGUCAGAACACAUGGAUUCGUAUUAUCUGCGCAGGAUAUUAAAAAGACUGACUGAUAAAGAAAUGAAUCGAAUGCUGUGCAAGACUAUCCCUUGUGUGAGUGAUAAGCCUUCUUAUGAAGAAUCAGAUAAGAAGAUGAAGGUUUUUGGUGGGAAUAUGCUACAUGAUCUGGAGCCAUGUGUUCUCAAAUCUCUUCAUGAACUUGUUUCUUUAGUACACGAUCAUGUGAGUGCUGCUGAUUUGAGUAAUGCAGUGGAUUCAAGUUCAACAUCUGAUAUUGAGAAAACAACAGAGCCCAAAAAAAUUGAAAUCUCAGAAUUGUAUUACUUGGAGGAAGAUCCAGUUGCUAAUAUUUUAUGGGCUCUUGAACCACUUAAUCUUCAGAAAAUGUUUCUUGCCAUGUUGCAUCACUUUCCAAGAACUUUGGAGGGUUUAGUACUGCACUUGCUUUCACCAGUAGGAGCUGAAGUUCUUACUAGAAAAUUUGAUGAGAUGGAUAAGUUGACUAAUGAACAAGACAGGAAUGAAUUCUACAGAGCAUUUUAUGGUGUAUUUGAUGAUCAGUUUGCUGUAAUGGAUAAACUUCUUAACAGAAAGGAGUCAUUUUCAUGCCAGGCUUUUAAAAAUGUUAUGGAUAGAUUUUUGGGAAUUAAAGUUCAAUGACCAAAUACAUUCUAGGAAACCAGCAUCCGACUGCAUUGAUGACAAGAUAGUUGAAGCCAUAAGGUGUUUGUUUCUGUUUGACUUAAUGGUAAAGCUAUAUAACAUUUUUUUGUUUUUAUUUUUUAUUUUUUAUCAUAGCCUUUUAAAGAGGCAUUGUAUCUUUGAACAAAACAAAAUCAGUGUUGUAGCAUUAAGAAUGUGGGAAUCUAUAAAUAAGGUUUCAGUUUGAUGAUUAA